AUGAACAUUUAUAAUAAUACUCCAUUAAUAUUACAAGGUAUGAUUGCAGGAAGACGAACACAACUACUUAUCGAUUCUGGAGCAUCGCUCACAUUAAUUAAUCUUCAAUUCUUUCGACGACUGCCACGAUAUUAUCGUCAAAGAGCAUAUCCCCCUCCAUCCAAUUUAUGUCUUCAAUUGGCGGAUAGAUCACAACUCGAUGUUAAAUAUGCAUUAUCACUUCCAAUAACCAUCUCCAACUCAACUCGUGUACAUAAAGUCUACGUGGUCCCAAAAUUAUGGCGGUCGUGUAUUAUUGGUAAUGAUUUAAUACGUGAACACAAUCUUCAAAUAGAUGGUGGACAACAAUAUGCAUACUUCAAAGCGAAGAAAAAAAAUAUACAGCUGCAACAGGAAAGAAAAGAAACAAUUAAGAACGAUGAUGAAUAUGUGUUGAUUGCCAAUGAGCGUGUCAAGAUUUCACCAUUUCAUGCAUUUAACAUUGAAGUUAAACCAAAUAAACCAUUCUCAAUUAUAGAAGAAGAUGACAGAGAUGAAUAUGAAGUAUCAUCAAUAAAAGAAGCUCCACGUGUAGCCAACGGCAUUAUUACACCAUGUGAACAUAUGACACUGCAGGUAGCUAAUCUAACGGAAAGAACGAUUAUGAUCUAUAAAAAUCAGCCGCUGGCGACAAUGACUCGUCUUAAUCAAAUUCAAUUAAAUAUGAUGCAACAUGGAACAAUAUCAUCAGCAACAAAACAAACGACAUCAAAAACAGACAAUGAUGUAAGUUUAAUCAACACUGAUUUAGACGAACAUCAAAAAGAACAAAUAAAACAACUUAUUCAACAGUUUCCGAAUGUGUUUAACGAACAACCAGGAAGAACAAAAAAAACACAACAUCAAAUUAAUUUAGUUCCAGGUGCACAACCAUUUAAUUCACCACCAUUUCGUUAUGCACCAAUAAGAAAGCAAAUAAUCGAACAGAACAUAAAAGAAAUGUUAGAUCAAGGGAUUAUUUCACCAUCAACAAGUCCAUGGGCAUCACCCGUUAUACUAGUUCCAAAGAAAGAUGGAAACUUACGUUUCUGUAUUGAUUAUCGAAAAUUAAAUGCAGUAACAAUUCGUGAUGCAUACCCACUGCCAAGAAUAGAUGAUACAUUAGAUUCAUUACGACAAGCAAAAUUUGUAUCAACACUCGAUUUACGCUCCGGAUACUGGCAAGUGGAAAUGGAUCAAGAUUCAAGAAAGAAGACCGCCUUUGUAACACAUAAAGGUUUAUUUGAAUUUAAUGUUAUGCCAUUCGGUUUAACUAAUGCUCCAGCAACAUUCCAACGAUUAAUGGACAUAGUGUUAGCGGGUCUCAAGUGGCAAUGCUGUCUCGUUUACAUUGACGAUGUGGUAAUUUUCUCACCAACAUUUGAACAACAUGUGAAAGAUUUAGAAAAAGUAUUCCAAGCUCUUCAAUCAGCAAAUCUGACUUUGAAAGCAUCAAAAUGUCAAUUCUGCCGUCGAGAAAUGCGUUACUUGGGACACAUUAUCACUCAGAAUGGCAUUAAACCAGAUCCAGAUUUAAUUAAAUCAGUGACAAACUUUCCUCAACCGAAAAAGAUCAAAGAUGUUCAAUCAUUUCUUGGUUUAACCGGUUAUUAUCGUCGAUUCAUCAAAGAUUACUCAAAAAUAGCCGAACCAUUAUUACAACAGCUCCGAAACUGUCAAAAAGGCAAUCAUCAUUUAAAAUGGUCAAAAGAAUGCACCGACGCCUUUGAAACAUUAAAACAAAGAUUAACAAACGCACCAAUUAUGAACACACCAAAUUUCGAACAGCCGUUCAUAUUGGAGCUCGACGCUUGUGAAUAUGGCCUAGGGGCCAUAUUAACACAAGAAUAUGAUGGGGAAAAAUAUGUAAUAGCGUAUGCAAGUCGAACAUUAUCAACUGCCGAAAGAAAAUAUGGAGCGACAGAGCGUGAAGCAUUAGCCAUUGUAUGGGCAACAAAAUAUUUUCGUCCAUACCUCGAAGGUAAUAAAAUUUAUAUUAGAUCAGAUUGUAAAGCAUUAGAAUGGAUGCGUACGGCAAAAGAUGUAACAGGUCGAUUAGCCCGGUGGGCGAUGAAAUUAUCUGCUUAUCAAAUUGAAGAAAUCAAAUAUCGUCCGGGAAGAUUAAAUGCUAACGCCGAUUCGUUAUCACGCAAUCCAUUAUCAAAUAAUGAUAUUAAUCAACUCGAGGUGUCAACAAUCGAAACAGCUGUUAACUUAUGGCAAAAUACAAACAUUCUUGAUGAUAUAAGAAAAGAACAAGAAGCUGACUCCAAAUUAAAACCAAUAAUCGAAUUAUUAAAAACAAAACCAUCAACAGAUUUUAAUGGUAUUAAACAAAAUUUAACUGCAAAUUAUCACCCACAAAGCAAUAUGACAGAACGUGUCAAUAGAACAUUAAAGCCGUUAAUUGCCAUAUAUGAUCAACAUACAACACAAAGAGAAUACACUGAAGGUGAUCUCGUAUGGGUAGCCACUCCAACAGCACAAAUUGGAGAAAAUUCAAUGGGUGGAAAAUUACAACCACAUUAUCAAGGUCCAUGCCGUCUGAUCCAGCAAUUAUCAUCAAAUACAUUCACAGUACGACGGCUAAAGGAUAACGUUGAACUUGGUGCAACGAAUACGGAUCGCCUCAAACCAUACAUUGUACUAGAGAGAAACAAUCAAGAAACAACGACAAACGACAAAACAAUCAAUCAAAGAGAAACGACAACGUCAAUCAAUAACGGCGAGCCAUCAAUAGAUGAUCUAGAUCAAGGAGAGGUGGGACAAAAUCAACAAUCAACCUGCCAUCAACUAAUUCAACGUCGAGUGUCAAAUCGUCACCGCAGGGUGCCGACACGAUACAUGGCGAAUUAAACCGCAGCUGAUAUCAUCGAUUCGACACGUAAGCAGAUG